CCAAUCGUGACGAAUUAUUGCUCCGCCCCUGUCCCGCUCCAGCGCUCUAGUGGCUCUAGCUUCGGAAGUCGCCCCGUGUCCCAAAGCAUAAACUUUGCAUUUUAUCCGUUUCUGUCCUUCAUGCCUUCAUUUCGUGAAGAGUUCCUGACCACAUCUGUGGUUAUGUAGCCAUCGCCGUUCGGCAAAAGGAGUGCGAGGUGAUUCGCUCUUUCGGCGUGAUGCCUACGACGACGCCUUGAGAUGUUUUGGCUGUCGAAGCAGAAGAGUGUUUGCCAAAAUGCGGCAUUCCUGUGGGAUGUGUCCCAGGUGUGGCUACUGGUGGUGUUGGGUGUUGUGCGUGCUGGCUGCCCGCACUGCACCACGCCUCCUCCGUCGGCCAUAUUGGAAAUGCCGCCCCCUCCACGCCUUCCAUCGUUCCCCAGCUGGGUCGUGUGCCACCAGCACGCAUCAUUCAAUGGCUCGGCACACUCCUCCGGCUGGUGGCUUAUGGGGCCCAGCUCAGGCGGCGGAGACAAGGCGUGGCCCCUGGCCGUGGUUUUGGUGGCUGGCUCGGCCACAGUGCUUGGCUCCGUCUUGCUGCUGGUUCUGUCCAAGAAAAAGCGGUGGCAGCCAGGCCGCUCCUCCCCAGGCCAUCACCGAGUGCCUGCAGCCCUGCUUCCUUCCAAGGGCAUCCUGGUGGGGGCCUCCUCCCUGCCAGCUGCAGGUGCCUACGACAACUCGGCCUUCGCGGAAAACGUCACCGUCACCGGCGGCGGUCCACCACGCGCAUCCCUGCUACGCCAGCUGCAACCGCCGUCUCUCGGAGGCUACCGGCAGCUACCCCAUCAUCACCACCAUGGCCCACCGCUUCAGUAGAUGGAUCGCAUGUGUUGGUAACCUUUCAGGAGGGUUGUCUGGUGUAGAACAAUUCCCCAGUGUUGGCAUUCGUAAUCUAGGGUGCAAAAAAUAACUCGAAAACAGUUGCGGUUGUUUCUUGACCUUUUAGAAAAUUUAUUUUCUCUGCACCAGGAUUCAUGAAUGAACACAAGUGGCACGAGACACUGUGCAUCUUCGUCCUAUGUGGUGAAAGGUCUUACCAUCAAACUUACCAGUUGCUACAUCCCAUGUGAACAAGAAAAGGUGCACGAUGUGUUCAAAUGAGAGUGUUCCACCAUGGCAGCACUCGAAGACAUUCAGUUUUCUGUGCUGUUGGCAAGUCUCUGUGCAGGCUGCACACGUGAGGUGAUUACCGAUGUGUGCAUUGCUUGCAGUAGUUGUCCACAGUGUUAGCCACUGGGAGUGUUAGUCAGAGCGGCGCUGGCUCCCAGGUUUGCGGGCACAUAAAUACCCGUAAGGACAAACACCGCCCCUGGGAGAGCAUCGGGCGCGUUAUCCAAAUGUUGCAGGUUCGGUCCCUGCUGGUGGCAAGUGGUCAUAAUUACCACAGCACGCUUAUAAAAACACUACCAUUAACGUCCCCUAUACCUUCUGUGGCUGCAUUAUCUGUUGGCUUUCAUUAAGGUUGUCUCAACAAAGAAACGAGCCCUUAAACAGAGGAGUCACUUGUCAAAGUUUCUGACCUUCAAGAAACUCGGCAGCUUUUUCAGAGCAGUAUGGAAACCCUUUUACCCACCUGACCAAGUGUAAUGUUGUGCUUCAUCGCCAUGGGUGUUCCGGGCCCAAAAAUCUUCGGGCGCCCAUUCACAUCGGCGUGUCAACUGAGUGCCGGAACGAUGAAAGUUUCCGAACGAGUGGUUCGGUGGGGCAGUGGCGACUGCCCACCGUGAACAAAUUUUUACAUGUAAAUAAGCCAAUGACCGAGGGUAUCGCAGGCCAGAGUCAUGACGUUUUACUACGCUUGCGGCGUACGCGACCGAACUACGCAAGUAGUCCGUGUCUUCGUUUUGAGAACGAAGUUGUGAAGGGCUCGACAUUUUUCUCACGUGUUUUUCUACGUGCAGAAAUGACAUAAUCUCGUUUAAGAUCAGCACGGGCUCGCUUUCGAACCAGGAUGUCGGUGAAAGCUUUAACAAAACACCUACUGUAACGACGUUAGCAUUAGUUUUCGCCACCCCACCCUGACCAAGUUGCACCGUUGGCCUUUGUCGCAUUUUAGAUAUUCGUCCUGUCGAAUUAUUCGAAACUUGGAAUACUAGCUAUUCGAAAGUCGAAUCGAAUUAUUCAAUUAGGUACUAUUCGAUUCGAAUUCGAAACUCGAAUAUUCGCACACCCCUACAAAAAACUGUGGCUGGAGCCAUUUCAGCAUCAUGUAAUUUUUGUCUCUUGCCAUAGGUGUCUCAGCAUAAGUAGUAUCCUUUUUUUAUUGUCUACCCUACCUAUCAGCAUCGUCAACAUGAGGCCUGACUUCUCUGGCCAGUCGGGCUUGGCGUUCCUCGUUCGUUACAGUAGUGCAUUUGUCUAUCUUAUAGAUUCCAACCGAGUUUGGCAUUGUCCAGAGCUCCUGAGUAUUGCGCUUUCGUGUAGCAACAUACUACAUUGCCUGUGGAGCCAAACCUUUUUGUAAUUAUUGUGUAGAUGUUUGUGUGCACUGUUUCAACAGGCCUCAGUUUGGCCUUACCCAGGAGAUCUUCCCUUUGGAGCUGUCAAAAUACUUGUAACAGGCCUUUGGGACUUAAAGGGGCCCUGCAACACUUUUCCAAGAGUGGCUUCAUUAAAGAAGCUUACUUCCUCACGAGUGGACUGCCGCAAAAAUUUUUAGAAUCCGUCCAGUACGAGCGGAGUUGAAAACAUUUGUCGCACGCUGUAAUUGCUUUCUCUCGUCCUGAAGGAAGAAGGGACAUCACGCGUGCCUCGUGACCUUGGCACUUCUUUUUUUUUUUUUUCUUCAAACGCGCAACAUACUUUCAGGGCGAUUGCGCGCACGCACGGGCAAGUGACAGCCUCCCACGGCGGCCGUUGUAACUACUGAGCACGCCAUAUUCAAAUCGGCCAGUGGUGUGGCCAGUGGCAGUGACGCCGUAAGCAUCAUUUUUGUCGAGAAAAGAGGAAUUAUUGUAAAUUUAUUGUAAAUCCCAGGCCACGUGCUGCGCUAUAAUGUUUGGCUCACGUGUUCUCGAGAGCCUUGACUACUGAUCGGCAGAAUUUUCUAACCGUGCUGAAAGUGUGUUGCAGGGCCCCUUUAAGAAACGUUGUCUGCCCUCAGCUGUCCCUGAAAUCGUAUGAGCAGGGUUACCUGUGGGAUCUAUACACACCCCGUGUGAAAACUUGCAUUUGUUUCCUCGACUUGGAGGCUGUGUAGCUCUGUGCAAUAUAUUGCCCACAUAUUUUGCGUUCUUGUUUUUUUUUUCAAUGAGGUUUUUCUUCUUACAAUGUACUGAAAGUCUGCUAGUCAUACCAUUUUGCAGGUGAAUGUUGACCUGUUCCUCAUUUUUGUUUUCAAAUGCUCUCUGUGGCUCACAAGUUGCCCUUUAGGCUGGAAGAGCCGUGUCUGGUCAUCGUUCUUUAGGCUCUUUUGCGCACUUUGUAUCAGUGUUUACUUUUCUGCCCUUUGUGCCAUGUAAAACUGGGGUCUUUUGUCAGGCCAGACACCUAGUACACUGUGAACAUGCAAUGCCUGCUAUCAUGUUGCAAAAUGUUCUGGUUGCCAUUGGUAAAAUGUAGUUGACUGCUGAUAAUAAAUGAAGCUACUAAUGCUUCAUUUAAAGGUGACAGAAAGUAAAAGGUAGGGCAAUUUCAUUGAAUCUGGUAUAGAAUUUACUGAUGCUACAUCAUCGUGAUGAAGGUUUGUCAGUGUGUUUAAAAUUAAGCUCUGUUAGAGUGUGUGGUGUGCAGGACUCGGAUGGAUGCUGAUAUCUCGGGCACAUAAAUUAAAUUCUUUGUUGAAGGGACCCUGAAACAGUUUUAACAAUUUUGUACAGAUGCAGCGAGCCUGUUAAGCAUGUCCUAAGGAUGACUUGCAGACGAAUUUAAGCUCUCUGCAUCAAGCUUGUAAUUUAUUGCGACGCUUUAAACAUGAAAAUCACUGCACAUCGCAGCAGCACAGCUGAAUGACCUGUCAACUUGCCACUUUCAUUCUACGUAGCGCUGUUCCACUAUAUAAAGUGUCAGUGACUGAUGUGAUAGCACAGGUCCAGUCUAAGUCACUGAACCUCCGGUGGACAGCGAGUUUAUCUCGAUGUUUCUUUUCUCGGACACCAUGAAUUGCCCUAGCUGCGUUGUGUGCCGGAAAUCUAGCGAUUGGUGGCUUCCGAAGCUGCGACAUUGUGUAAGGCAAGCAGCGAGCAUAGUCGCUUCGGCUCGUAGCUGCAGUGAGCGUCGAGCUCUCACUGUCCAAUUAACGCCAGGAUCCAUGCGUCUACAGCUGCAACUUCACCGCCGAAGACACUACGAUAUUGCCCAAGUUUACACUUAUCGAUGAUCGUUCUCAUACUUUUUGUUUCUCUGCAGACUUCUUGGCAUUAACAGAUUUUUGGCAUACAGGAGAAUAAAAUGGGAACGGCUGGUAGUGUUGCCGGAGCAGAUCUGCGAUGUGCUUCGUCUCCGUUGAGCCCCCUGCCGUCACCAGCGACAGCUGCACGUUGUGCAUCAAGUUCCGGAGGAAAGGCAGUGUUGAGAAGGAUGGUCUCAUGUAAGUGCCUUCACACAAGGCCUAAUUUAUGGUGCGAUGAUGCUGGAGCCUAAACGCUGACAAAAUUUCACAAAUCGUUUCUGGGUCCCUUUUACGAGGAGAAAGCAGUGUGUGGCCCUUUGAGUUCUCUGUGGCGGUUAAAGCAAGGUCAUCCUGAUUAUAAAUUGGUCGCACAGUUAUCAUCAAGCAUGAAGGCAGCCUGCCCGAGUUGAGUCUGCUCCCAAAACUAUCUGUCAAGUGGAGCUUUAAGGUAAGACCUUGGUUUUCAAGCUCUGUAGUCAUUCAGAUAUCACACCACACAAAUUGCAGUGCAGUUGUUUUGAACCCAUGGCACAUCGUAGAGAAUAACUGCUUUGUCGUGGCUAGUACUGCCUCUGAGUAGCUCUCCCUUCAGCUGCAUGUCAUGCUUUAGAGAGCAUCUUGUACUAUAUGGCCGACUUGAAAGCGAAAUGGAACUGUUGUUGCUCGGUCAUUCUAAUUGUGUUACUAAUGUUGCGUGUCAGUGCUCUACAUGACACGUUGCUGUAUGUUGCGUGCAUAAAAGUUGCAGGAAUGGUAAGCAACUGUAUGAGCCUUGUGUCUGCAAUAGGUCUCUGUAUACAUGCAGCUUGUACUACAGUCGACGCUGGAUAUAUCGAAAUAUUGUCUGUAUGUGACAUCUGAAUGUCCCCUUUGAAAUUUUGUGGAAAACUAUAGAUUCAUUGUGUGCACAUAUACACACGUUGAAAGCUGCAUCAAGUUCCUGCAGGUCUUCUAAUGUGGCCAUGUUCCCUCCUUGCAAUGUGAGGAGCAGCAGUGCCAAACAAAGCCUUAUAGGCCAUAUAAAAAAUAUGAGCAAGCCUUGUUUCUCAGUUGCUGCUGAUGUGGUUGCAAUCAUGAGAACAGUGGCACUUUGUCUUCUCACUCAGAGGACUGGCUUCUGCAACUGGCCACGACUAGAAUGUUGCAGUACAUUAAGGGGACUGUCUGCCGCGGCAACGAGCAUGCUUUUGCCCCAUAAAAAAGGAAAUUAUUUUUAAUUUGAUGUUGAAUAUUGUGAAAGAAUGACUGCUAGCGUCACCCAACAACGAUGUGGUUCAAUCUACUGCUAGGACAAGAAAUCCUCGCAGGUAGACUAAUUUUGCUUAAAAACAAACAUGUAUUACUUGAAAUUGUAUUUUACGCACUUGAGGCAGCUUUCGCUUGCGUCAGAGAGUAAUUUUUUGCUUUUUUUUUUUUCUUGCGCAUCCAAAAAGGUGCCCGGUGGUGCUGCUUGCGGCGCCGUUUUCGAUUUCGUUUGCUUCAACUCGUGUGCUAUGUCAUGCAGCCCUCCGCGCUGGUCGUACUGUGCCACUGUAUUGUUUGCAUAUUUUGAAUGUGCUGCGCUGUGAAGGCGUGCAUUUAUCGUCACUUUUUGACAAAUCAACUUGGCUUGGAUUGCAGCAUCAGUGCUAAAAUAAACGCAUAGACUGCGAUUACAGCAGAACAAGUGUUCUGCAAUCGUAUAAUAAGGCUAAAUUUAACCGCUAGCACGCUGAAAAUGACUGUUACAUUCAUUACAUUAGUGUUCAGCGAAAAUAAAGUAAUCCUACAGAAAUCACAUGUGAUUUCGGUUUUAAUUUUUACCGGCACUACAAUCGGUCAUCGCGUCCACCAACCAGUGUUGUGGGCAUGUUUCAUGCCAAUGGAAGAAAAAGAUAGAAAUAUUCUGUUUUAAAAAUUUCCGCUCACUUUCCAGAGAAACCACUGCAAGGUUGGACACUUCAGACGGUACGCUUUCUAUUGCGGUACAAAACAGGAAAGCGAUAAAGGACGGUAGACAGUCCCUUUAAGACUAGUGCAUUUCCACUGUCCUGCAGCAAAGGACUACGUAAUAGUACACAGAUGAGGCAUGUGUGAGCAGGAAUGGCUGCCUUUGUGACCUGCUGCCGACAUGGUGCCUAUCAAUACACCUGGGAUAAGGGUGUGCAGCAUCAGUCACAUUAAUGCAUGCGAGGCACACCAUGGUCCCAAGCAGCCAGUCAACAGAGGCUUUUACAGAUGGCAUUGCUAUGACUGAGACCGUUUUGCAGGCCGAGUUGCUUGCGGCAUUGUUAUUUGACAUACAGUAAACUCCCUUUUGGGCCUUGUGGAACCGCAAAGUUUCACUUGGCAUUAUUCAAAAUUAACGCGCUUGAAGUACAGUAGACGGUCAUUAAACGGAGCCACAAGGGACCAGGAGAACAGGAGUUCCGUUUACCGAGAUGGGGCAGAACGAAACCAAUCAUAUUGGAGGCAGUUCUUCCAUUUAAGCGGCAAUUUCAUUAAGGGAGAGUAUACUGUAGUGUCUUUUUGCUUUCUGAUCUAGAAGUGUGACUCGGGUAUCAUUUGACCAAGGGUGCACUGCCCAAGCGUUGAUGCGAUCAUCAGUCACCAGCCUGCUGCAGUCCUUGGUACUGGCCUUAGUGCCGACAAAUUUCUCAUAAUAGACAAAAGCAGAAGUGCUGUUGACUGCUUGGAGUGGCCAUUGCACGCAUGAAGGUCAGACUGUCUGAAGCAGCAUGCUUUUGUGUUCACACUAAGUGACCUUUACAUAUGCAGCAAAACUUGUUUCUUGCAUAGGGGAGCGCAGAAGCGGUUCGGAAGAAAGCGCACAGAACAGGAAGACGCUUCUGCGCUCCCCUACGCAAGGUGCUGAACAACUCACCAUCUUGGAGUAAAGGCUGGUUACAAGAGACACUUAAGAGUCCCAGGAUACGUUUCUUUUAACCAAGGUCUCUCGUUGCCGGAAAUUCCAAAAACAACGAGGAGUCUGACUCGGUCAUUUUGUUAUGGUACAUCGGCAUCAAAAUGCGUUUAAAUACAUUUACAGAAAAGUGGUUCGGGAUUUCGGGAUGGCUUAAAAGGGACACUAAAGGCAAAUAACAAUUUAUGUCAGAGUGAAAGGUCAACGUGUGAGAACGUCUAAAACGUCAGCAGUGCUCUAGUAAUCGAGAAAUUAAGGUGAACAUAGGACACGAUGUGUGCCACUAGUGGGAUAUUUUGGAAAUGAUCCCGACGACGUCAAGAGUCCUGAGUACAAUUAGCCACUAGUAAUCAAACUAGUUACGAUAAAAAAAAAAAAGAACCUUCCUUGCAUCACAAGACGGAAUAAAAUGCUGCUUCUUCAUUUCUGUUUGAUUCGUGGAACAAAGAACCUUGGCGUUACCAUGGAGAAUGGCGUGAGGGGUUCAAAAGUUCAGUUUUCGCGAAGCUGUGCAUCUCGGUGGUAGUUUCGGUAUCGCGUACUGCUGCGUUGUGCUUGGCUCUCGCUAUUUUCGCACUGAUAAUACUCUACUGCUGCUGCUGGCCAAGCUAAGCUCCAUUACAGUGAACUAUACAGUUUUGGAGUGGCCCGUGGCUGUGUCUUGGCGAAGUUGAUGGCCGCUGUUGCGCAAGAAACCGUAGCGUCGGCGGCCAGGCAGUAAAGGCGGGCAACGCUGGGCACGGCAACUGCUAUGUCAGAAUGCCCGUUCAGGCGGGUGAUUUAAAGUGCACCAACACCGUGCAGAUCACUGAAACAUGAUUUUCUUUCAAAAUAAGCAUUUCCUUGGCACGAAACAAGCACUACAAUGUUUGUGGAACACUAUUUCAACAAUCAAUGUCGACUUAAUAUUUGCCUUUAGUGUCCAGAUUGCUUUUUGGUGACUGCACAUUGUAGUAUUAGCUUCUUUCUCAACUUCUGGAGGUAAAGCACUCUGCAAGCCUUCCUGUUGCUCGUCCUACCUUUCGUCAGAUAUUCGUCAGCCUCAUGUUCCAGCACUUUCUGCCCUGCAAUGUCCUCGUCAUAAUUCAUAAUGACAGAAUGUUCACUGCACUUUUUAGUGACACCCAUGCAAGGAACGACAUCGAUCUGCACAAUGGAAAAGAAUCGAGCCAAGGGAAUAAAAAUUGCAGCAUCUACCAGCUGGUCCAGUGUCAGCCGUGUUGCAUGAACAUGUCUAGGUGGUGUCUCUUCUAACCUAAAGAAUGUUGUCCUGAGUAACCGAGUGUCUCUCGUAAGCAUGUCUCUUGUAUGCAAUGUUGUUCACAUGGUGAAUAUAAAAACCAAACCAUAUUGAAAAGUCUCUUAUAAGCGAAUGUAACAAUGUCUCGUAACGAGAUUCCACUGUGGAGUGAUGUACAGUUUCUUGCCACGACCUCCUUUGCAAUAUUCACAUAAGCCAAGAAGUUGAAUUAACCAGGAUGAGAAAUCAGUGGGAGCCCGAUUUUGUGCGUCCACUAUGGAGUAAGAAAUCAAGUUCCUGCCUGUGACUAUCUCGGGAAAACUGUCUAGCCGCACAUACUUUCCAGAUAAUCUUGUGCAUGAAAUCGUGUGCAUAUUAAAGUACACGUGGUAAUCUGCUUUGAUAUAUUCAGGGUUGACUGUGUAGCCUUGCACUGUUUCCUUUCUGAGAAUUGCAUGGAGGAAUACGUGUGGCCUCUUGUUCUAACCUGCACUCAUAUGUAUUUUUCCUGUGAUCUUCCCAACGUGUGUAGUCUUCUCUCAAAGGACAGCCUUUCUGUCACUUGACCAAUAAAUGUAUCGAAGGCA